AUGUAUGUGUGUGCACGGGAAAAACCACGUCCUCGCAAAGGACAAGCCAUAAUUUCGCAGACACGCCCGCACCACCACUACCACCAGUAUCAAUCAGUUUGUUUCCUCUGUGGGCAGCUGUUACGCUCCGCGUUUGUCUGUCUCUGCGACAGCGACAGACGCGUCUGUUACCACAGCAGGAAAUUAUCACCCCUGUGGCGAUGGGCGCCAUGCCAGAAACAGCUGUCCAACUCAGGCUUGAAUGACCCCGCGGUAUUUGAAAAACUCUUCCUCACCCCCCCUCGAACGAGGCAUUCCACGAUUCUGGUCUCUGGGGCCUGGCGGAGCGAGCGACGGUCAGCGCGCAGCAGUCGACCGAUCGAUACUGCGGGAAUGGCGCUAGCGUGCGGUCGAUACACCACGUGGGUUAAUCAGGCCUACACAACCGCGUGUCUGUGUGUUCAUACCGUGAGAAUUUUGGGGAAGACCAAACGGAAGGUGCGGGGGAGGGGUGGAGGGCUGCCUUCAAGUGGACAUGGUGACAUCAAUCACCCCUCACGAGGACGUGACAUUUAG